GGAGGAGGAGGGACGGAGGGCGGCCGCUUAUAUAACCGGGAAGCGGCCGGAGCGGCGUCAGGGGCCGGGAGAGAGCGAUCGCUGCCAUGUCCUUCUGCGUCUUUAGAGGAGGCGAGAUCUAUCAGGACCACUUCGAACCCGGUAUAUACGCUUGCUCCAAAUGUGGCUACGAGCUGUUCUCGAGCAGGUCCAAGUAUGCUCACUCAUCUCCAUGGCCGGCUUUCACUGAAACUAUCCACGACGAUAGCAUCUCCAAGUACCUAGAACGGCCGGGAGCCUUCAAGGUCUCAUGUGGCAAGUGCGGCAACGGUCUGGGCCACGAGUUCAUCAACGACGGCCCCAAAAGGGGUCAGUCUCGGUUCUGAAUAUUUAGCAGCUCUCUCAAGUUCAUCCCUAAAGACAAGAAGGACAAGGACCCGAGGGAGUAAAUAGGCUGGAACACCCAGCCAAUCAAAUGCUGCUUCUAGCUGACCAAUCCAACUCCGCACCAACCAUCUAGGAGCUGUUGAGCACAACCCUUCUCUGUCGGCUGGGAAUCUUUUUCCUUUGGACUGGCAGGAUGGACGCUGGCAAAUACGGAAAGAAAAAUGAAGACUCUCUUCUUCUGGCUUUCAUUUCUGAUUGAUACCCUCUGCAUUUGCUACCUCCUGCUUUGAGGUCUUCCAUUUCAACCUGUAUCUUGGAUCGAGUCUAGUUUAGAAUGUUCUUCCCAUCGCCCAGAUGCUUUUCUCCUCCUCCUCCUCUUCCUCUUCUUCUUUUUGCUCAGGUGUGACCACCUUGUACCUGUGUCCCCCCUACCAAAGUCUGGGUUUUUCCUCCACUCAAAGCAGAGUGCCUGUCUGGCUCUGGAGUGAGUUGCCCCAGAAGAUGGUAUGAUUCUGAGCAGGACUCUCAUCAUAUCAAUCCAGAUUCACUCUGCCCAAACUAGCGUUGGAUCCAAGGUGCAUUUCAGAUGCUACAAACCCCAGGGUAAAAAAAAACCAUUUUGAGAUGGGAGUAAAGAGCGGUGAUAGAAGCCUUCAUUUCCCCCAAGCAGCCUGUUGGCAAGUUCUGUUGCCACAGCUGCUGUUUUGACUUCCCUGCAGGGGCUUCUAGAAGCCCAGGUUUGGCUUACUGGCCUCCAGUUCCUAACCCCUCCUACAGGCUGUUGUGAAUGUUAAGUUGUAACAGCUCAUAGCCAGGGCUCCAAAGGGCCUUACAAAGCCCUAUUUGGCUUAGCUGCAACUUUACCUGCCUCACACCUGACGUGGUAUAUGGCGCCAAGUGUUGGGCAAGGAAGCAUCCUUUGGCCAAACUGACCUGGUGGAGGAAAUGGGGAGGCCUGAGCUUACCCACCCUUAAUGUAAACAGUUAUCCAGCAGCCCAGGAACUUUUGUAACAGCAACUACAGUUCAGUAGCUGUGUUCUCCGGUAUGACAGCCUUCUUCAACCUUGGGUCCUCAGCUGCAGCAGCACUACAACUCCCAUCAUUGACCAUUUGUUAAGGUGACACGGGAUGAUGGGAGUUGUAGUCCAACACUACCUCAGAAUCCAAAGUUGGAGAAUUUGGACCUAGGACAUGGUCUCCUGGAGCAAACCUUUUAGCAUCACAAUGCUGCUUUCUUUAUGCCCCAUGGAACUGCUAAAAUUGCUUCCGUGAUUGGGUCACUGCGACCACAUCCUCAGAAAUGUCCUCACACUGUCAUGUGCCCCAGGUUUUGUUUUUUUGUCCAUUCUUGCCCUUCCCUUGGAUCAAACUCUACCAUUUCCUGGCCUCUUCAGAAGUAAGUCUUUGUGGCAUCUGAAACCAUAGCCUAGCUUUGGGUUGUGCCCUGCCCCACAUUGCUUUGGGGCAUUUUCUGGCGUAGUGUCAUUGUAUGAAUUGCCCCAUGUAAACCCGUCUUGGAGAGCAGGGGUGAGGAUGGUUUUAUCUGAGCUACCCAGAAAAUGCUCCAGGUAAUGCAUAUUGGAUUCCCAAUAUUUCCUCCCCUGGCAGGGCCCUUGUGCUUUUAAUGCUGCCAUUAAACUCAACCCCCCCACCCCCACCCCAGUUAUUUUCAUGGUCACAAAAGUUUCGCCUGCUAAAUUUACCUCUUUGCGGUCACUGUUAAAGCAGGUGAGGGGAACGUGGUCCUCAAGAUUUGCUGGGCAUCAGCCCCAGCCAGCAUGGCCAGUGGUCAGGGAAAACGAGAGCAACUUUGGGAGGGCCACAGUGUUCCCACCCCUGCGCUAAAGGCACAAGAUCUCUCUCAGGAAACGGAAGCUGAUAACCUAGUUUUCAUCUAAUUUUUGCAUGUACUAGAAGUGAUUCUCUCUCUAGCAGAGAAACAGGUCAAUUGAGCAUCCUUCUGACACCAGUUUGCAUCUUUGCUAUUGCGCUAAGAUUUUGUAUGUUUGUUAUAAGCAAAGGCCACGGAAGGGCUAAGGAGUCAUUUCCGAGUGCUUCAUUUUUUAAGUGAUGGAUGGAUUUGUCCAAGUUUUUGGUGGUGCAAUUUAAAUGUAAGAGGUAAUCUGCAGUCCCUGAAUUGCAUUUCAGGUGAGACCCAAGAACCUCCAGUUUGGAAAUACGAAGCUAAUAUGUUCCUUGCUCUUUUGAAGCCCUUGUUUGUUGUAAACAUACAAACAAUUUUAUGCCUUGGUAUCUGAAUUUCUCUGGGUGCUCCAGAAGUCAGAAUGAAGCCUCUUGCCCAAACUGCAUAUCGCUCAGGCUUUAGAAACAAACAUUAGAAACCGAGAUUACCUCUCAGUGCUCAAAGGGCUAAUGCAUAAGAUUCAUCUGAAUCGGCACAUUUCCUUCUUCCUCUUUGCCUUGUAUCACAACAACAAGCUUCCUUCCCGCGCUGGGAAGGAGGACUUGCAAAACUUGCACCUCUUUGAUUGGCUAUUCAGCUGGAAACAGAAACUAUGAAUGUCCACCCAAGGCAAGGAUGGGGGACCUGUGGCCCCCCUGAAGCUGCUGGGCUCCAGCUCCCAUCAUCCCCAGCCAGCAUGGCAAAUGGUCAGCGAUGGUAGAUGCUGAAGUUCAGCAGUAUCUGGAGGGCCACUCCUUCCCCACCCCUGACUUCAGACCGUUUCUACAGACUUAGGUUAGAAGAUUUUUUUUAAAGAGCUCAAAGUGAGUAAAUGAGGGUGUAGACCAGUGCUUCCCAAACUUGGGUCUCCAGCUGUUUUUGGACUACAAUUCCUAUCAUCCCUGACCACUGGUCCUGCUAGCUGAUGGGAGUUGUAGUCCAAAAACAGCUGGAGAAAUCCCAAGGUUUGCUUUAGGGAAACAGUGGUGGUACAGUUUAAGUUUAGAUGGUUUAUGGUGCCAUUUGUAUCAGUUGGUUUCUGCUUAAUCUUCUGUUGUUAACAUGAUUAGGGAGUUGUGCUGCUGCUGCUGGACAUGCAGUUCAAGUAGGAUGGCACUCAUCCAUAUUUGCACUGGUUGCUUGGCCUAAUGAUGGUUCCUUGUGCUUGCUUACAUCCAAAGCUGAAAACUUCAGAACAGGUGGUCCAUUGUGUCUUGAUGAAGCACAAAAGGGGGGUCUGCUUUAUGAGGCGAUCUGCCGAGCAAAUGCUUCAUGUGCUUUGCAAAUCAUGGUCAAACUGGGAGUGUGACAAUUCACCACCUGGAUGUACCCUUAGAACCAUUUUGCACACUCCACAGUGGAGAAGCUUUUCCUGGUUUCUGAAACGGCAUAAGAGGUUUAUGGAGGAAAGUGGCAAAGGUUGUUUUAGCUGAGGCAAAAGUGGGCUCAAUGUACAUACUGUGAACAAUGACCUCUCAAACCUCAAGUAUUUCCACACAGCAGUUUGAAACGCACACAAGUUAAAAUGCAUCUCAUAUUCCCCCCCCCCCAUUCAAUCUAGAUUUACUCUUUCUGUGGAAAAUCCACUAAGUAAAAUCAAAAACAAAAAACAAGCGGUACAACAGAAACAGUAAAAUUGUUGGGGGGAAAUUAAGGGAUAGCAUUUUGAUGACAAUGACUCUGUGCGGACACUGCAUUCAACUUGCAGGUGUGAUCAGCACAAAGAUGACAAUCACCUGCUGUUUAUUGGAAGUGUUCCUCAACUCUCUGAAAAGAACCACCUGAUGUCUGCCUUCAGCCUGGUCUUAUGAGCCUCAGGUGCAGAAUCACACCCUGUAUGUUUUCAAGACGGUUAUGCAAGCUGCACUGUAGAAGUGAAGCUUUCCACUUCAGUGGUAUCAAAAUCAAAGUCCAAGAAGACAAAGUUUCAUGCGGAGCCCUGUGAAUAUUUGCAGGGAAUGACCUUUUCUCUCUCUCUCUCAAAAGUAGCAGUAUUAUUGGGUAAUUUGCCCUCUGAGAGCACUUGAUCAACACUUCUGUGCCUGUUUUGCCUUCCCUGGGAGACACAAGAAGGUAUAUUAGGGAUUUUUUUAAAAAUCAACUCUGAAUGUAAUGUUCCAUCCAGCUUAGCAACUUGGCCAGGCUGCUGUUCACCUGUAUAAAUAUGGAUUAGAUGAUGUUAAUAAAAAUACUUUUCUUGGAAACAAAAA